CCCUGACUAAAAGAGAAGAGCUUCAUUGAUUUCCUCCAUAUUAUAGGAGUGAUACAAUAGCUAAAUGAGUGAAGCCAUGGCUGUUCAGCAACUGAAAGAGAAGAAGAACAUGUUUGUAGAGUCAGUGAACAAAGAUAUAAUCAAUGGCUUACUUGAUGAUCUGCUGGAGAGUGGAAUGAUAACCCAGGAAAAAAUGGAAGAAUUGAGAGAUGAAAAUGUCACAACGAUGGAUAAAGCCCUGGCCCUAAUUGAAUAUGUCAUUUGGAAAGGUCCAGAAGCAUGUCAGCUUUUAAUCAAAAGCAUCUGGCAUAGAGAUCCUCACCUUGCCAGAAAGAUGAACCUUCCUUACUCAAAUCAAGACCUGAAGGAAAAGAGGAAACUCUUUGUACAGUUUGUGAAUAAAGGAACAAUCAAUUGUUUGCUGGAUGACUUGCUACAGGCUAACGUGUUCAACCAGGAAGAAUUUGAACAAAUACAGAAAGAAAAUGACACAUCUAUGGAUAAGGCCCGGGUCCUGAUUGAUUAUGUCAUUCGCAAAGGUCCUAAAGCAUCAGAGAUUUUAAUCAAAAGUAUCUGGAAUAGAGACCCCCACCUUGGUCACAAUCUUAAACUUCCUUAUUCAGCUUCUACAGCACAAACUGGGUCCUCAGGAAAACUCAAGGUCUGCUCACGUGAAGAAUUUUUAAUGCAAAGAAGAUUGAGGGUAGAAGAGAUAUAUCCAGUGAUGGAAAAAGGGUCCCGUACACGCCUAGCCCUCAUAAUUUGUAACAAGAAAUUUGAAAAUAUUUCUGAAAGACAUGGGGCUGAAAUUGACACAAUAGGGAUGAAGACACUUCUUGAAGACCUGGAUUACAAUGUGUAUGUUAAAGAAAACCUCACAUCUCUGGAAAUGGAGUCAGCACUGAAGGAGUUUGCUUCCCACCCAGAUCAUCAAUUAUCUGAUAGUACUUUUGUAGUGCUCAUGUCCCAUGGGGUCCGUCAUGGUAUUUGUGGGAUAAAACAUAAGAAUGAGGAUCCAGAUGUCUUCCUCUAUGAAACUAUGUAUGAAAUUCUAAACACUCGUAACUGCCCCAAUCUUAAGGACAAACCCAAGAUCAUCAUUGUCCAGGCUUGUCGUGGAGACAACUAUGGAGAAGUUUGGGUGAAUGAUUCCUCUGCUAGCUGUGCAGACAGUCCAAAAGAACUACAGGUUUUUGAUCAUGAUGCUGUAAGUAGAGCCCAUUCAGAGAAGGACUUCAUUGCUUUCCACUCCUCAACUCCAAAUAAUGUUUCUUGGAGACACCCUAGAAAUGGUUCCGUUUUCAUUACAAAACUUAUCCAUUAUUUUCAACAAUAUUGCUGGUGCUAUCAUAUAGAGGAAAUCUUCCGAAAGGUUCAGAAUGCUUUUGAAACUCCAGAGUAUAAGUUUCAGAUGCCCACCAUUGAAAGGUUAUCUAUGACAAGAUAUUUCUAUCUUUUCCCAGGCAAUUAAAUCUGGAAAAUUUAGCAAGCAAAGUUAUGGGAAAGAAUGGGUUUUGAGAGUUGGACUUAAAAUCAAGAAGAUUUAAAUUCAAAUCCUUCCUAAACUAUUUACUAGAUUUACUAUCAUUUAGUCCCUAUGUGUCUUAAUUUCCUUUUCUGUAAAAUUAAAAUAAUAGUACCUAUCUCCUGGUGGCAUGGGACCCUGGGUUUUCCUUUGUAUACCCCAAACUCCGCAAGUGUUUAAGAAAGAAAAUGUCUUUCCUUCCUUGCAUUCUUGUAAUGCUGAAGAAAAGGUAACUCUGGGGGACAGAAACUGACAAGAAGAGAAGACUCCCAAGAAAAAUACUCCCCCCUGGAUUCUCCCCUAGAUUUUGAGAUUGGACACAAAGAUACACUUUCCGGCUAUGGUUUGAUAACAUCAGGUUAUAAAAUAGAACAUCUACUUGUUGCCUAAACUAUGCAGGUUACCUUCUGUGUCUUUAGGAUACAAAAACAUCAUUCCAGGCCCAGUCAGGUGACAAACAUUCCCCACUUCUGCCUAACCUCACACCAUCAUCAUCCUUUCUCUGGUCACAUAGUCCCUGUUGUCAAAAGGAUAUAAGAAGCAGGAGAAUCCAUCACCUCUAGGAGAGAGUGCUCUACCUAUACUGUCCUCCCAGUUGAUUCAACAUGAAUACCAAAUUAAUAAAUUUCUCUUUUUAUUUCUAAGUUAAGUUUUGGAGUCUUCCAUUCUUGCAAAGGGUAACCUGUCCCAAACCCAGGGGCUUACCGCAAGCCCCCCACAACACUUGGUUGGUUGUGAAAAUUAAUUAAGAUUAUUUGUAAAAGCAUUUUGUAAACCUUAAUGCACUAUAUAAAUGUUAGCUCUUUUCUACUCAUUGCAAAAGGAAAUAUGGAUUUUCCGGGUUACUUGUGAUAUAUAUAUAUAUAUAUAUAUAUAUAUGUAUGUAUAUAGCUAAAUCUAAGUAGUGUAAAAAAUAGACUCGAAUACAGGACUACAAUCCCCAUGAGCCUUUGCUCCACUUCCCCAGAAUGCCUUGUAAUCUCACCUGGGCCGAGAUCGAGAAGGUAUUUAAGGGGAUUCAAAGGCUUUUGGAGGAGGUCUUGGCUUUUUUUGAACUUCCGUUUUGGAGCAGAGGCGUCUCUUCCAUGAUGUGAGGUUAUUUUGUCUAGGCCUCUGGCCUAGGCACAUGUUCUUACUUGUAUAUUCUUAAUCUUUAACCUUUAAUAAACCUCUAAAAAAUAUAAUACUCCUUGCAGAGAGAAACUAAUUUCUACCUGCCUAAGUCUCCCCAUCUCCCCUAAAUUUUAAUCUUUACAGUUAUGGCGACCUAAUGGGAAAAAAAAAGAACUUUCAAUCUUCUGAAUUCUUUUCUGAUCUUUAAUUCAACUUUUAAUAGCUAGUGCCUAGAAAAUUUUUUUUUGAGCCAUAUCUCUCUGGCCAAGGUUUUCUACCCUCACAAAGCUGCUACAGACUCCGGACCUGCUGCCCACCCCACCUGGCUCGGCCCGCUGCUUCCUGCCUGCAGCCUGCAGUCCUGAUCAUCCUCACCUGGUACCUGGUCCCAGCCUUGCCCACCCCCGCAGCCGCUCCUGCUCCUGGCCUCUCACCAGCCCGCUGCCUGCCUAUUUCUGCGCCCCAGACCCAUGAGCGUGACCCCAGCCGGCUCAUCCCCCAGAUCCUUGGAGCAGAUCGCUCAGGACUCAUUGCGACCAGCUGGUAACAGUAUUGGCCACAUGGGCGGAGGGGAGAGACCAGAGGGAAAGGAGACCUGGUAAUUUCCCUUAGGCUAAGCCUCCACGUGGCUGGGGGUAUUGGCCGCAGGGGUAUCAGAGAGGGGAAAGAGAGAAAAGACUAGAGAGAAGAAACAGACUUUUCAAACAGAAACCUAAAAAGCAAUGGGCUGUUUAAAAGGAUUUUUGACUCUUCUGGCAGUUUCAUUGAUUUUACCUGCCUGUCUGGGAGCAGACUCAGCCCAAAGAUUCAACUUUAACUUUGGGGAGGAAAAUGGGUGGCCCAGCGAACUGGAAGCCAGGCCCAGAGACGGGAGGUCUCUAGCUAAAAUCUGGCCUCCGAUGCUUCCCAGCUAUGGGGCCCUGGACGGAUCCCUUGAACCCCAUAGCCUAGCCUUUACUACUCUACCUUCGGACAAUAGACAUUUAAACGGAUAAUUAAAAACAAACAAACAAACAAACAAAAAACCCCAAGGAACUUUGAAGAGACUAAAGGCUACAUUCUAAGGCAUUUCAGACUCCAAUGGUUUAUAAAAAAAUCUCUGUAUUCUAUUGCAUUGUUUUGUUUAAGAUAUAACUUUGUGAUUUUAAGUUCAUAUAUUACUGGAUUGAAUACUAUUCUGUGAACUGAAGGUUGAUUGAAUUUAUUUUGAAUGUACUGAGUUUUAAAAUCCUGUUGUUUUUCCCCUAUAACUGUGUUGAACAAAUAGUGUUGUGAAUAAGCCCAUAUAUGAAAAAACAGUUUUUUUUAUUUUGCUGAGGAUAGAUGGACUUCAGAACUGGUUAUAAUUGUAUUAACAACCUUUGGGAUUUUAAUGUGCUAAAUACCUCAAAUGAUUUGAUUUUAAGGGUUUUUUAAAUAUGAUUUUUGGAAUUUUUUUUAACAAUCUGGUUAUUUUUGCCUGCCCCUACCACGAGGUAAGGCCCAUUACAGUAGCUGAAGUGAAAUGUAUUUUAUAACCCCCAACCUUCCCACAUGUGAAUGGAAGUUGGGCAGUUAAUCUCAGGGCAUUUGUAUCCCUAUAAGCCUCCAAGAAAAAGGAGCACCCCUUUAUUUAUGCUCUUCAGCUCACUAUUUUACUUCUACCAGAAUGAUAUAUAGAUUUCUUGAUUAUGUUCUAAACCCAAGAUGAGUUUUACUUUGUUUUAAAAAAUAUGUUUAAAUACCAAGGUUGAAGGAUUGCUAUGUUUGUAAAAAUUGUGACAAAUGUCCAUCAAUUCAUAGGUUUUAAAAAUGUCAUACCAGCAACUUAUGUGAAAUAUGAAAGUGUGUUUGUUUGCUAUUGUAAUUAAUUGGGCUAUUGAGAAUUUUGGGGAUUUUGAUAUCUACAUAUUUGUACUACUGUAUUUUUAAAGAUGAAAAAUUGUUAA